AUGGCCUACAAGGAUGGCGACAUGGCCAUUAAGGAGCUGGGCUCCCGGCGUCAUAGGGAUCGCGAUUAUGCGGAUAUGGCCAGAGCUGAAAAGAAGCAGCGCCUGGAACGAAAUUUCGGCUUCUUAUCGAUGCUAGGGUUUACCACAACUAUGAUGUGUACCUGGGAAGCAGUGCUAUUCUGCAAUACUGAUUCUAUGAUUGAUGGAGGGCCGGUAACUCUGGUAUAUGGAUUCAUAUUUUGCUGGAUAGGUGCCUUGGUAACGGCAUGCUCCCUUGCUGAGAUGGCAUCGAUGGCCCCGACCUCUUCAGGGCAAUACCACUGGGUCUCAAUGCUCGCGCCUAAAGGUCAGGCCGUCUUCCUCAGUUGGGUGACCGGUUGGCUAGACAUGAUCGGGUGGUGGGCUUGCACAGCGUCAGGUGUCUAUUUUGGCGCAACCGUCACUCAGGGUCUUUUGGUCUUGAACUAUCCAAGUUAUGUUCUUGAGAGAUGGCAAGGAACAUUGCUCAUGUUUGCGGGACUCGUCGUUUGCCUCCUUGUCAACUCUAUCGGGGCAAGACUUCUCCCAAAGAUUGAAGGCCUCAUUUUGAUUCUGCAUAUUAUGGGAUUCUUCGCCGUUUUGAUUCCUCUGGUCUAUAUGGCCCCUCACAAAAGCGCCUCCUACGUUUUUGGCACAUUUUCAAAUACUUCGGGAUGGAAGAAUCCGGGAUUGACCUGGUUAAUUGGAUUGAUGGGAACGAAUCUCCCAUUUAUUGCUGAGGAAGUUAUCAAUGCCUCAAUCACCGUCCCUUGGUACAUGAUCGGCACCAUUCUAAUUAAUGGUCUACUUGGUUUUGCCAUAGUGAUCAGCUACCUCUUUUGCAUUGGCGACCCGGAGCAGGCACUUAAUAGCCCUACUGGCUACAGUUUCAUUGAAGUCUUCUUUGAUGCUACCAAGUCACACGCGGGAGCUUCCGUGAUGUCUGCUAUCCCUGCAGCCCUCGUUAUCUGUGCCGCCUUUGGUUUCUUAGCCUCAUCUUCCCGACUCACCUGGGCAUUUGCGCGAGACAAAGGCGUUCCAUUCUCGGACUUCCUGUCCCACGUAUCUCAUAUACUGACCAAAUUGAUUACUCAGGUUAAAUCGGGUUCUGCACUGCCCAUCCGCGCCAUCGUUUUCUGCGCAAUAAUCACGGGCAUCACAUGUCUUAUUAACAUCGCCUCCAGCGCCGCAUUUAACGCCAUGAUCUCAUUGACUACCGCGGGUCUUUUCUCCUCAUACGAGAUCGCCAUCUUCCUCAUGCUUAUAAAGAAAAUUAAACGAGACCCUAUUCAGUAUGGCCCUUGGUCCCUCCGCCGAUGGGGAAUUCCCAUGAACAUUGCGUCAAUUUCAUUCUUAAUAAUCGCCAUCUUCUUCUCUUUCUUCCCUGAGGAAUUACCAGUCACGGCUAUCAACAUGAACUGGUCAAUUGUCGUAUUUGCUGGAGAGCUCUUCAUUGGUCUGGGCUGGUAUCUCAUUCACGGACGAAAGCAAUAUAAUGGUCCCAUUAUUGAGUCUGGCAUUAUUCCUGUUGAUGAUCGGUCUACUCAGUCAGGUUCUUCAAAGGAUUGA